AUGACACACCUGCGGCAUCGAACCAUCGAUGGUGCACCAACAGCGGAACCUCCUACCGACUGCGCCACUACAUCCGAUCGGUUAAUUUUAUUAUUAUUAUUAUUAUUAUUAUUAUUAUUAUUAUUAUUAUUAUUAUUAUUAUUAUUAUUAUUAUUAUUAUUAUUAUUAUUAUUAUUAUUAUUAUUAUUAUUAUUAUUAUUAUUAUUAUUAGUAUUCAGGCAUCAAUCCAGCUUGUCUAUCCCUCCACAUUAG